CGGUCUUGAGUUGGGCCAGCUCCCCUUUUACAUGUAUAGUUUGUAAGUGCGACCUAUAAGGCUCCACUCCUACAAACUAGCUUGGUAAAAAUGCGCCCUUACCUUCUGAAGGGCCAUGAGCGCCCCCUGACGCAAGUCAAGUACAACCGGGAGGGAGAUCUGCUGGUUAGCUGCGCCAAGAACCUGCAACCCUGCCUUUGGUCUGCGGAGGACGGCCGCCGCAUCGGUACCUAUGAGGGCCACAACGGUGCCAUCUGGACGUGCGAUAUCACCUGGGACUCGGACCGCCUAAUUACCGGUUCUGCCGACCAGACCGUGCGCAUUUGGGACCUGCCCACGGGCAAGGAGCUUUUCCAAAUUCGCCAUCGUGAGCCUUGCCGCGCUGUGAAGCUGUCCGCGGGUGAGCGCUUCCUGGCUGCCACUUCCGACGCGUUCAUUGAGUCGCCGCCCGCGAUUCACAUCUACAAGUUCGCGGAGAACAUUGAGGAUCAGACCGCGACGGCGGCGAUUGAGUGGACCGUGCCUAAGGGUCGUGUGACGCGUGUGUUCUGGACGGACUGCAACCGGAAACUUAUCACCUCUCACGACGGCGGUAUCCUGCGCCGCUGGGAUGUGGAGACUGGCGCGCUGCUGCAGGAGCAGCAGGUUCACGAGGACGCCAUCCAGGACAUGCAGAUGUCGCCCGAUGAGACGCACGUGAUCACGGCGUCGCUGGACAAGACGGCGCGCCUCAUUGACGUGGACACGUUUGAGGUGAUGAAGACCUACAAGACGGGCCGCUUCGUGCAGUCAGCGGCCAUCUCGCCGCUGUUCGACCACGUUGUGAUGGGCGGUGGCCAGGACGCAUCGCAAGUGACAACGACAGCAGCGCAGGCCGGUGGCUUCGAGGCCAGGUUCUUCCACAAGAUCUUCCAGGAGGAGUUCGGGCGUGUGCGCGGCCACUUCGGCCCCAUCAACACGGUGGCGUUCCACCCGUCCGGCAAGAGCUUCACGACCGGCGGUGAGGACGGCUACGUGCGCCUCCACCACAUGGACAUGGACUACUUCACCACGAAAUUCUUUUAAGCUCAUGGCGCAGCAUCUCGGCGGCUGCAGGAGCAGCGCCAGCGCCGGUCUAGCUCUACGCACAGGGCACGGCGGGCAGAUAGCUGUAAGCUUUUGCUGGGGUUAUGAUAGCGGUAGCAGACGUGUGUUCUGUUCACUAUAUGAAGCUGGAGGAAAUGAUGCGCAGAGGUGCGAGGGGAUUAGCGGGUAGGCACUGACGCAGGGGUUAGUGCUGGCACGUUGAUGCCGGCAUAGCACUACAACUGACAAAUAACCGAACGCAGACCACACGGGCAGGUGUUACUACAGGUCAUUAGGUAGGCUUUGCACACUGUGGGGGACAAGUGUGUUACGCAAGGGGUACGGGUAGGCUGUAGCUGAUCACCAAGAGCGUUGAACCAUUAAUGGGCUCCAAGCGCCAGGCGUAGACACGUGCAUAAGCAGUUUUGGGGAUACCGCAGUCCGACUGAGAUUUGCGUGGAUGUUACAGAGCGUGCGCGUGUUCAUGCGCUGAGGAUGCGCUGAUGCAGUAUAUGAGCGGCUGGAAACGGAGGGACGUGUAAGGACCCGCUAUGU